AUGAGGGCUGGUCUUUUUCUACAAUCAACUGAAAAUGGAAUCAGCUUCACGUCCCUUGAAAAUUUGCUUCUAUCCCUUCUUCGCGCCGGGCCACAUGGACCCGCUCUUCGAAGUGGCUCGACUCUUCGCUGUCCGCGGCGAGCACGUCACAUUCAUCACCACCCCAGCCAACGCCGCCAUGCUCAGGAAACCGUCGACAAGGAUGUCGCCGCCGGCCGCCACGUAGCCUCCACAUCAUCCCCUUUCCCUCCAAGGAAGUCGGCCUCCCCGAAGGCAUCGAGAACAUCAUCCAUGGCUAAGACCUGGACACCGCCGGCAAGAUUCACAAGGGCACGAAUCUCCUCCAACAACAGAUCGAGCAAUUCCUGGAUGAGUGCCCCCCAGACUGUAUCAUCUCCGACAUGCACCACCCGUGGACCACCGAUGCUGCUGCCCGCCUCCGCAUCCCCCGACUCGUCUUCCAUGGCACGUCCAUGUUCGCCCGCUGUCUCGACGAAGCAGUGCGCCGUCCCGACUCGCCACAUCGCAUGGCCAAGUCCGACUACGAGCCGUUUUGUCAUCCCGGGACUGCCCGAUCCCAUCACCAUGAUGCGGUCUCAGCUCCCGGACCACAUUCUCAAGCCAAACAGACCUCAACCAAAAGCUAUUAUCACUCCCGUGAGAGUAGUCGUGACCCACUGUUCCAACAGGUACACCCAAUUGGUUGAGCAGUGGCGGGACGCCGAAUUGAGGAGCUACGGCGUCGUGUCUUCAAUCUUGGCCCUGUGGGGCUUAUUCAGCAGAAACAGAGGAGAGAAGGGGCAGAGGGCACACAAGGCGGUGAUCGGAGAUGAGGAGUGCCUCGCUUUUCUAAAAUCCAAAACACCUAGUUCAGUCCUCUAUAUUUGCUUCGGAAGUGCGUGCAUAUUCCCGGAUAAUCAGCUAAUGGAGAUAGCGUGUGGGCUAGAAGCAUCGGGCCAUAACUUCAUAUGGGUUGUGUUCGGCAAAGACGAUGAAAAAGAAGGAGAGAAAGAGAAGUGGCUGCCAAAGGGGGAGGGGGAUGAUAAUAAGGGGAUGGGCCCCACAGUUGUUAAUUUGGACCAUCCCUCAGUGGGUGGGUUCUUGACUCAUUGCGGUUGGAACUCGGUGAUCGAGGGGGCCACCGCGGGUUUGCCCAUGAUCACGUGGCCUUUGUACGCCGAACACUUCUACAACGAGAGGCUGGUGAUCCAGGUAUUGGGAAUAGGGGUGGGGUUGGGGAAGAAACAGUGGAGUCAGUGGGUGUGGGACUUCCCCGAGAAUGAGGUGGUGGGGCGGCUAACCAUAGAGGACACAGUGAGGAGGGUGAUGGAUGCCGAAGAUCCAGCUGCAAAGAUGAUAAGAGAGAAGGCAAGAGCGUUGGGAAAGAAGGCACAUGAAGCCAUGGAAGAAGGUGGGUCUUCUUAUCAGAAUUUGACGGUUCUGAUUCAAGAACUGAAAGAUCUAAGAGAAAGAGAGGCUGAUGAUAGAAGAAAGGGGAUUAGAAGAAAUGUUGAAGGUGCAAUAUGCAGAACAUAA